AUUUCUCUAAUUAACUACAAGUUAGCAUUACUUCAUGAAAUAAGGAUAUACUCGGUUUUCCACAUCUUACUGCUGGAACUAGCAGUACAGGAAAUACUAACAGAUAAUACAGCAGAAGUAGAAAAUAAUGAACUAGAGUAUAAGAUAGAGAAGAUUCUCAAGCACAGAAGCAUAGAUAAUACAAGGGAAUAUCUUAUUAAAUGA